AUAGACUUCAGAGAUUGUAUAUGUCUAAGAAAACUGCCGAGCAUAUGACUUGGCAUUUAAAUUGUUAUAAUGAAAAUGAGAAAAUGUUUCAUCCUGCAUGUGGAGAGGCGUGGAAGCAUUUUGAUAGCACUCACCUUGAGUUUGCUAGUGAACCGAGGAAUGUUAGGUUAGGUUUGUGCACUGAUGGGUUCACUCCUUUUGGACAUUCUACAUCUCCAUACUCUUGUUGGCCAGUAUUUGUGUUAGUUUAUAACCUACCUCCAACAAGGUGCAUGAAGCAAGAAUAUGUAUUCCUUUCAUUGAUUAUCCAAGGUCCCCAAAGUUCUGGAAAGAAUAUUGAUGUAAUGCUUCGACCACUAAUUGAUGAUUUAAAGCAAUUUUGGUAUUAUGGAGUCCAAACUUAUGACAGCUUUAAGCAUCAAUACUUUCUGAUGAGUGUUGCACUAAUGUGGACCAUUAGUGACUUAACUGGGUAUGGAAUGUUGUCUGGGUGGAGCACACAUGGUAAAUUAACUUGUCCCUAUUGCAUGGAAAAUUCGAAGGCCUUUUGGUUGGAACACGGUCGGAAGACAUCAUUUUUUGAUUGUUAUCGACAGUUUUUGCCACUGGAUCAUCCAUUUAGAAGAAACAAGAAUGACUUCAUAAAGGGUCGUACAGAGAAUGGAACAAUGCCAAAGAGAUUGUCUGGUGAUGAGAUGCGUAGUCGCAUCCAUUGGUUGCCCGAUGUACUAUUUGGUAAGCCACCUCAGAAAUAGGAAAUUCACGAAUUUGGUGAAGUGCACAAUUGGGUUAAAAAGAGCAUCUUUUGGGAAUUACCAUAUUGGCACACAAACUUGAUUUGACACAAUUUAGAUAUCAUGCAUUGUGAGAAAAACUUUUUUGACAAUAUCCUUCAUACAGUAAUGGAUGACCCUAUGACAAAAGAUAACAUAAAUGCAAUACUUGAUU